UUCAAAAAUAAAAAUAGUCGUUUAUCUGUCAUAAUUUUAAAUCAGUUGUGAAAAAUAACCAUCAAGAUGCGCCGCUCUGGUUUAACUAAGACUGCUAUGAGUGAAAGAGCUAGGCGUAUUUUAUCUUUGGUGCCUGAAAAGAAUGCAAAUUCCGACACAAGUGACGGCGCUAGUAGCGGUGAUGAAGCUGGAAUGAUUGGAUCAGCAGAGAGUUCUCCAGCGCCAUCGAUAAAUUCCAGUCUCGAAAGGUUAAACCUCCUACAAAUCUCUGAUGAUCAGAUAGGAACGCAUGUAGAUGAUAUUUAUGUCGAUACAACCGAUGUGCCUCUUACACCUAUUCUUACUCAAGUAUUUCCUAAUCCAUCAGAAAGUAAUUAUGACGCUCUACCCUCAAUUUCAUCUUUGCCAUCUUUGCUUUCGAAUCAACCAAUUGCAUCCACGCCUGUCAGGACACCUUUGACGCGCGCUCAAAAAAUGAAGCGCAAAUCUCCAGAAGCGCAAAAUCGCAGAAAAAUCUUUUCGUUGCCAAAGACCUCAAUUUCAACACAAGGCUGA